CUCGCCCGCUUUUGCAGCAUCCUCCUCCUCCUCCUCCUCCCAUCCAUCCUCCCAUCCUGGUCUCGGGGCCUCUGCUGGCGGCCAUGGGGCUGCUCCUUCUCCUCCUUCCUCCUCCUCGCCGGCUGUGGGGCCCCCUCCUGGCCCUCCUGGCCGCCGCCUCCUCCUCCUCCUGGGGACCCCGGUCCCCCUUCGCGUCCGCCCUGGAAGAAACGCUGAUGGAUUCCACCACCGCGACGGCAGAACUGGGUUGGAUGGUGCAUCCGCCAUCAGGGUGGGAAGAGGUGAGCGGCUACGACGAGAACAUGAACACGAUCCGGACUUACCAGGUGUGCAACGUCUUUGAAUCCAGCCAGAACAACUGGCUGAGGACCAAGUACAUCCGCCGGAGGGGCGCCCACCGCAUCCACGUGGAGAUGAAGUUCUCCGUCCGGGACUGCAGCAGCAUCCCCAACGUCCCUGGGUCGUGCAAGGAGACCUUCAACCUCUACUACUACGAGUCCGACCACGACGCCGCCACCAAGAGCUUCCCCACCUGGAUGGAGAACCCGUGGGCCAAGGUUGACACCAUCGCCGCUGACGAGAGCUUCUCCCAGGUGGACCUCGGGGGCCGCGUGAUGAAGAUCAACACAGAGGUGCGGAGCUUCGGGCCCGUCUCCAAAAACGGGUUCUACCUGGCCUUCCAGGACUACGGGGGCUGCAUGUCCCUGAUCGCCGUCCGUGUCUUCUACCGCAAGUGCCCACGUGUGGUCCAGAACGGGGCCCUCUUCCAGGAGACACUUUCCGGCGCUGAGAGCACGUCCUUGGUGGCCGCCCGGGGCUCCUGCAUCCCCAACGCCGAGGAGGUGGACGUUCCCAUCAAGCUCUACUGCAACGGUGACGGGGAGUGGCUCGUGCCAAUCGGGCGCUGCAUGUGCAAGCCGGGCUACGAGUCCGUGGAGAACGGGACCAUUUGCAGAGGUUGCCCGUCGGGGACUUUCAAAUCCAGCCAAGGGGACGAGGGCUGUGUCCAUUGCCCCAUCAACAGCCGCACCACGUCGGAAGGCGCCACCAACUGCGUCUGCCGCAACAGCUACUACCGGGCCGACUCGGAUCCGCUGGACAUGCCUUGCACCACCAUCCCGUCGGCCCCGCAGGCGGUCAUCUCCAGCGUGAACGAGACCUCCUUGAUGCUGGAGUGGAGCCCGCCCCGGGACUCGGGUGGCCGCGAGGACCUGGUCUACAACCUCAUCUGCAAGAGCUGCGGCUCGGGGCGGGGGGCCUGCACCCGCUGCGGGGACAACGUGCAGUUUGCGCCGCGCCAGCUGGGCCUGACCGAGCCCCGCGUCUACAUCAGCGACCUCCUGGCCCACACCCAGUACACCUUCGAGGUCCAGGCGGUCAACGGCGUGACUGACCAGAGCCCCUUCUCGCCCCAGUUCGCCUCCGUCAACAUCACCACCAACCAAGCAGCCCCUUCGGCCGUGUCCAUCAUGCACCAGGUGAGCCGCACCGUGGACAGCAUCACGCUUUCGUGGUCACAGCCGGACCAGCCCAACGGGGUCAUCUUGGACUACGAACUUCAGUAUUACGAGAAGGACCUGAGCGAAUUCAACGGCACCGCGGUCAAGAGCCCCACCAACACCGUGACGGUGCAGAACCUCAAAGCCGGGACCAUUUACGUCUUCCAAGUGCGGGCGAGAACCGUGGCCGGGUACGGGCGCUUCAGCGGCAAAAUGUACUUCCAGACCAUGACUGAAGCCGAGUAUCAGACCAGCAUCCAGGAGAAGCUUCCUCUCAUCAUUGGCUCCUCGGCGGCAGGGCUGGUCUUCCUCAUCGCCUUGGUGGUGAUUGUCCUCGUGUGCAACAGUCCACCUGCCUCCCGCUCAGCACGAUGCUCUCCUUCCAGAAGACGAGGAUUUGAGCGCGCCGACUCCGAGUACACCGACAAGCUCCAGCAUUACACCAGCGGCCACAUGACGCCCGGCAUGAAGAUUUACAUCGACCCGUUCACCUACGAGGAUCCCAACGAAGCCGUCCGGGAGUUUGCAAAGGAAAUCGAUAUCUCCUGCGUCAAAAUCGAGCAGGUGAUUGGAGCAGGGGAGUUUGGGGAGGUGUGCAGCGGCCACCUGAAGCUCCCGGGCAAGCGGGAGAGCUUUGUGGCUAUCAAGACGCUGAAGUCGGGCUACACCGAGAAGCAGCGCCGGGACUUCCUGAGCGAGGCCAGCAUCAUGGGCCAGUUCGACCACCCCAACGUCAUCCACCUGGAAGGGGUCGUCACCAAGAGCACGCCCGUCAUGAUAGUCACCGAAUUCAUGGAGAACGGCUCCUUGGACUCCUUCUUGCGGCAAAACGACGGGCAGUUCACGGUGAUCCAGCUGGUGGGCAUGCUGCGAGGCAUCGCUGCCGGCAUGAAGUACCUGGCCGACAUGAACUACGUCCACCGCGACCUGGCCGCCCGCAACAUCCUCGUCAACAGCAACUUGGUCUGCAAGGUCUCCGACUUCGGCCUCUCCCGCUUCCUGGAGGAUGACACCUCGGACCCGACUUACACCAGCGCCCUGGGUGGGAAGAUCCCGAUCCGUUGGACGGCACCCGAGGCUAUCCAGUAUCGGAAGUUCACCUCCGCAAGUGACGUGUGGAGUUACGGCAUCGUCAUGUGGGAGGUGAUGUCCUACGGCGAGCGGCCUUACUGGGACAUGACCAAUCAAGAUGUCAUAAACGCCAUCGAGCAGGACUACCGGUUGCCCCCGCCCAUGGACUGCCCCAGCGCCUUACACCAGCUCAUGUUGGACUGCUGGCAGAAGGACCGCAACCACCGGCCCAAAUUUGGACAGAUUGUCAACACUUUAGACAAGAUGAUCCGGAACCCAAACAGCUUGAAAGCCAUGGCCCCGCUCUCCUCUGGGAUUAACCUGCCUUUACUUGACCGCACAAUCCCAGACUAUUCCAGCUUCAAUACCGUCGAUGAAUGGCUCGAAGCCAUCAAAAUGGGACACUACAAGGAGAACUUCGCCAACGGCGGCUUCACCAACUUCGACACGGUCUCCCAGAUGACGAUGGAGGACAUCCUACGGGUCGGGGUCACGCUCGCCGGGCACCAGAAGAAAAUCCUCAACAGUAUCCAGGUGAUGCGAGCCCAAAUGAACCAGAUCCAGUCGGUGGAGGUUUGAGAAAGCGACCCUGACCCACGCUUCGUCCUCGAGGCCCAUUCCCGUUUUGUCCCCGUGUGUCCCGGCACUUGGGGGGCCUUGCAUUCCCAGCCUCUGGGGCGGCCCCAGAGCAAAGUUGCUGCGGACUUGGAGAAUCCCCGAAAAAAAGGGGGGGACGAAAGGGAAUGGUGAUGACGACUCUUAUUUAGAAAGGAUUUUUUUUUAUGAAAAGGAAAACGGAUCGGAACCGCAAUGGCUUUCGCUCGAAGGGCUGUGAUGAAACACACGGUGCAGGGAAGGAUCUGCAGCGAGGUUUUCGCGGACGUUUGGGCGACGUGUUUGGGACCGGUUUGCCAAACUGCAUGUCCUUCUGAGCCUGGCAGGGCUGAAAAUUACGGGGGGAAAUGACAGGAAAAGAAGACUUUCCCCACAAAGUGGGUCCGGCGUGUCUCGUUAGGACGGGACCGCCACGGUUUUGUAAACUCGUUUUUUUUCCGCUGAAGGACUGGAACCCGGAAGACGACGCCUCCCUCCCUCCUCCUCCGCCUCUACCCGCUCCCGCUUCCUCCUCUUCGUCGAGGGACUUUGGGUGGCUCUUACUGGUUUGCACUGGGAGGGUUUUGAGGAGGCCCCACCCCCCUGCAACUCCCUAGCGGCGGACACGACAUAUCAUUAUGCACAAGACUUUUCACCAGACCUCACGGCUCGGACAUUUUGCCGCUCCUCGAGUUCCAUGCAGUAUGUUGUAGAGUCGACGCGCAUUCCCAUUGGGUUGUUGCCGUUUCAUCUUUUUCUACUUUGUUUACAUGGUUCGUGGGCAUUGGUGGGAGGGCGGCGGUGGGGUGGAUUUUCCCUCAUUUCUUUGUUUGGGUAGAAGGGAUUUUUUUCGUUUGUUAUUUCCGCAACCCGUUGCUUCCCGUAAAUAUUCUCCGGUUUCCUCCAGAUCCUUCCUUCUAAGUCCUUUCUUCCCAUAUCAAAGCAAUUUUUGCGAGGAAACUGAGGAAACAGUUCUUUUCCUUUCGUGAGUGGGAAAUAUACCAUAAAAGCUCUGGAAGUGGAGCAAGAACGCCGAACCGUGGAGACACCUUGCAGAUCUAGAGCCAAGCAUGAGCAGAUAUCGCCCGUGAACAUCCGUCCAAUACUCCUUCAACCUUUCUUCAACAUCAUGGAGAAACAAGGGCAAUAUGUUUCAGGAGGAAGAGGACCAGACUAUGGCAACAGCUUGAAAGCCAGACGCUACCCUAGAUGUUCCUCCUGGUCUCAUUCAGCUUCUUCUCCUUGUCAUGGAUGGCAGACUUAAUUUGCAACGCUUGAACAUUGGUUGGAGCAAGGCGGAUUCUUCACUAUGGCCCAGAAGCUACACUAGAUGUAUCUCCUGGUCUCGUUCUACCAGUUGACUUGGCUUCUUCUCCUUAUCAUGGAUGUCAUACUUGACUUGCAAAGCUUGAGCAUUGGUUGGUGCAAGGCGGAUUCUUUGCUGUGACCCAGAAGCUACACUAGAUGUUUCUCCUGGUCUCAUUCUACCACUUGACUCAGCUUCUUCUCCUCCUCAUGGAUGUCAGACUUAGCUUGCAAAGCUUGAGCAUUGGUCUGUGCAAGGUGGACUCUUCACUGUGGCCCAGAAGUCCCACUAGAUGUUCCUCCUGGUCUCGUUCAGCUUCUUCUCCUCAUCAUGGAUUCCAGACUUAAUUUGAAAAGCUUGAACAUUGAUUGGAGCAAGGCGGAUUCUUCACUGUGGCCCAGAAGCCACAUUAGAUGUUGCUCCUGGUCUCGUUCUACCACUUGGCUUGGCUUCUCCUUAUCAUGGAUGUCAUACUUGACUUGCAAAGCUUGAGCAUUGGUUGGUGCAAGGCAGACUCUCCUUUAGCCCAGAAGUCCCACUAGAUGUUUCUCCUGGUCUUGCUCUACCACUUGACCCAGCUUCUUCUCCUCGUCAUGGAUGUCAGACUUAGCUUGCAAAGCUUGAGCAUUGGUUGGUGCAAGGUGGACUCUUCACUGUGGCCCAGAAGUUACACUAGAUGUUCCUCCUGGUCUCGUUCAGCUUCUUCUCAUCAUGGAUGUCAGACUUAACUUUCUAAACUUGAGCAUUGGUCGGUGCAAGGUGGACUCUUGCUGUGGCUGAACCCUGUCCUAGUUGAUCUUCUAAAGGUUGGGGACACAGAAAGUUCUGGGCAGUUCAAGGAGAAAUGUAACAAAGGGGUGGAGAUAUCAAUGUAACUCCUCGUCUACAUGGAACGAGGGCGACUAGUGUGAAGAACAGAACGUGAAGAUUGAUAAACAUCAGGUUCGGAUAUCACUAUGUAUGUACACUGCAAAGAAACAAAGUUUUGGCAGUAUAAUAAACUUUUCCCAUGUUUUCAUGAUAGAACCGAUUAGGAAAUGACAUUGAGAACCCAGGAACAAGAAACUGAGUUACAAAGUGUAUUAGGAGAAACCAUGGAUGGAAAGCAAACCAAGGUUUUUCCACUAUGUGAAUGGAAAGCAAUGUUCCUCAACCUUGCAUGUUGUCUUCUUUCUUUUAUAAAAUGAGGACUAAACUGAUUUUAAGGAGAAUUCCAGUCCAGGGACAUCAUUUGAACCCAUAGUUUGCUUUUUAAAACUCUCAUCUUCUUGUAGACACUUCUCUUGGGAUUGUCCACCAAUAGAAAACCACGAGUUCCUUUCAUUCCCGAACCAGAUGCAUUGAGACUGAGGUCCAACCUUCCACAGGCCACCCAAGGAAAGGUCAAUGAAAUACAUGUUGCCUUUUCAGGUCUUCUGUCUCUUUCUCUCGCCCAACAUGGAGGCCUGGGUGCCAUGAACGUGGUUGAAAUCCAUCGUUGUAAGUAUCCCAUGCUUUGCUUAGCUUCUCAGUGCAGUAGGGCACCCUUAUUCCAUAUGGAAGGGGAGAGGGUGUCCCUAUGGCGGAUCUAGUACCACUCACUGUGCCCUUCCCCAAAACAAGGACGUGUUUGGGACCGCCUUCCGCUCGAAGGAGAACUCGAGUUAUCUUUGCACUAAAGCCGCCCUCGCCUGUCUUCCCAGUGUAGACCUACUCCGUUGCUGCUGUCUUCUUGUGGAGAGAAGAGCGGGGUAUACAUAAACAUAAUAAUAAUGCGCGGGAGCAGGACCAGGAGGCCAUCUUUGCCAGCAUAGACAGACAACACCCGCAUGCACCCAUUUUAUCUACCUGAUCCAUUCCACUGUGACACAGGAGGGCUAUUCUACAAAACGGAAGAUAAAAGAGGUCCAUGUUGGACCCAUUGAGAUCCACAUUGGACCCAUUGAGAUGCUGAUUGGAUGGGACUCAACUACCCAAACGAGGGACAAUGUUGUGACUUAUUGAGGACUUGCCUUCUCCUUCUUACAAGGUGGUCUUUCCACCUUUGGACUCGCCAAAGGGCCUUGAACAAUGAGCUUCAAUGAGUGUCACCUUCCAAACAUCUCAUCUGAUCCAGCAUUCUGUCAUCUCACCUCUCUGAGAUGAAAGAGGUCCAUGUUGAACCCAUCGAGAUCCAUAUUGGACCCAUUGAGAUGUUGAUCGGAUGGGACUCAACUGCCAAAGGGCCUUGAACAAUGAGCUUCAACAGCGUGCAACCUCACAGCUCCUUGGUGACACCUUCCAAACAUCUCAUCUGAUCCAGCGUUCUGUCAUCUCACCUCUCUGAGAUGAAAGAGGUCCAUGUUGAACCCAUCGAGAUCCAUAUUGGACCCAUUGAGAUGUUGAUCGGAUGGGACUCAACUGCCUGAACGAGGGACCAUGUUGUGACUUAUUGGAGAGCUUGCCUUUUCCUUCUGACAGGGUGGUCUUUCCACCUUUGGACUCUCCAAAGGGGCCUUGAACAAUGAACUUCACAGCUCCUUGGUGACACCUUCCAAACAUCUCAUCUGAUCCAGCGUUCUCUCAUCUCGGCUCUCUGAGAUGAAAGAGGUCCAACUGUUUUCCCAUGUUGGACCAAUUGGAUGGGACUCAACUGCCUGAGCAAGGAACUGUGCGGUGACUUACUGGAGAACGUGUCUCCUCUUGCAGUGGCUUAUUGGAGAACGUGCCUCCUCCUCCUCCUCCUCCUUACAAGGUGGUCCUUCCACCUUUCGACUCGCCAAGGAGCCCAAACAAUGCGCUUGGACAGUGUGCAAACCUCACGGCUCCUUGGCCACACCCUUCCAAACAUCUCAUCUGAGCCAGCAUCCUCUUGUCCCCGCUCUCUUCAGAUGCUCAUCAACAUUGACCUCUUGCGGUUGAUGAUACUGGAUUGCCAGCACUCCAUUUAGCAUAGCAAUAAAAGGCCUUGGCGUCCUUCAACACUGUGAUCGAGCUGUGUGGAGGCUUCCUUGAGAAGUCCAAAAACAAUGGGAGGAGCCUUUCAUCCACUCAUCCAUGGCUGCAAAUAUUUUCGUUCUUUCGGCGAUCCCUGGUCAAUCCAAACAUCUUCCUACAUCAGUGGUUCUCAACCUGAGGGUCCCCAGAUGUUUUGGCCUUCAACUAACAGCUGGGAUUUCUGGGAGUUGUAGGCCAAAACACUUGGGGACCCACCAGUUGAGAACCACUAUCCUAGAUGAUGAUCUAGAACAGUGGUGUCCAACCUUUAGUUCUCCAGAUGUUUUCUGGAAGCUUCUAUUGACAGCUUGUCCAAUGGUCAAGAAUUCUGGGAGCUGGAGUCCAACAAAAUUGGACACCACUGGUCUAGAACGUCUUCCAUCAAACCAAUUUGCUGGUGGGAGAUGGAAGCAAAGAACCUUCCAGAUGUGGUCAACCUACAACUCCCACCAUUCCCAACCAGCUUGGCCUAAUGCAAGGGAUUGUGGGAACACCUGGAGGACCACAAAUUGGACACCACUGGUCUAGGAUGUCUUCCAUCAAACCAAUUUGCUGGUGGGAGAUGGAAGCAAAGGACCUUCCAGCUGUGGUCAACCUACAAGUCCCAUCAUUCCUAACCAGCUUGGCCUACUGUAAGGGAUUGUGGGAACACCUGGAGGACCACAAAUUGGACAGCACUGGUCUAGAACGUCUUCCAUCAAACCAAUUUGCUGGUGGGAGAAGGAAGCAAAGGACCUUCCAGCUGUGGUCAACCUACAAGUCCCAUCAUUCCUAACCAGCUUGGCCUAAUGCAAGGGAUUGUGGGAACACCUGGAGGACCACAAAUUGGACAGCACUGGUCUAGAACGUCUUCCAUCAAACCAAUUUGCUGGUGGGAGAAGGAAGCAAAGGACCUUCCAGAUGUGGUCAACCUACAAGUCCCAUCAUUUCCAUCCAGCUUGGGAUUGUGGGAGUCCAAGAACAUCUGGAGGUUGCCACCUUCUCAUAUAGGUUCUCUUGGGAGUGUUGUUUGCCCUUAACUGUGAUACAUAGCUUUUGGAUGAUCUUCAAACGUGGUUGUUGCGUCCCAUCUACAAGCUCCCAAAGUCAUUCCUCGUAGAGCUGGUUUCCACGUCUUUGACCCUUUUGGUGGACCUUCUCUUCCAUCUUGCUCACUUCCAUCUUCAAUGGUUACGUGAGUACGUAUCUCAGUAUUAUCCCAUCCGAGGAAGGAGGGACCAGGAAUGGAAGUUGCCACCAAAUCCGCGGGAUGUGGAAGCCAACCAAAAGUAGAGCGGUAUGGCCUUGUGUAUAGUUGUCCUUCGCCUUUCAUCAUGUACAACGUCCACUUCGGUCAUUAUCUCGUUCUGUAUGUGGAGAGGGACUCGUUUCUCCGGCCAUCGGGUGAGUGGCUCUCUGACCUUGUGUCAUGAUCUCCGAUCUUUGACAUCUCCGGACACAGAGCAAGCACUGACAAAGAACAGAUCCCAGCCAUAAAACCCCAAUUACCAUCUGCUAUGUGAGAGCCCCUAUAUAAAUGGGCCAAAGAGAAGGUUCUGGUAUUCUGUACAAUAAAACCUGUUGGGAUCUACCUGCGUGUGUCUCGGUGCUUUCUUCUGGUGGAAGACUUACCCACACCAAGACACACGCUGGUAGAUUCCAACAGGUUUUAUUGUACAGAAUACCAGAAUCUUCUCUGUAGCCCAUUUAUAUAGGGGCUCUCACAUACCAGAGGGUAAUUGAGGUUUUAUGGCUGAGAUCUGUUCUUUAUCAGCGCUUGCUCUGUGUCCGGAGAUGUCAAAGAUCGGAGAUCAUGACACCUUGUUUGUACGUGACGCUGCUCUCUCCUUCCCUGACAGUAUUUGUAUUUUUUAGCCAAUGUGAAUAGCAACGUGGUGUUCCGGCCCUUGUCCCGGGGGUGUGUCUUCCAUUCCAACCAGGGCCUUCUUCCCUCGGCUCCACCGGGCAUCUCCGGAUGUGGCCGCGGAGGGCGGGGCGGCGGGGAAGGGGGUGAUAAUAAUGUAUUUAUAAAGGGAAACAGAACCUGCUGCUCCGAUGCCUUUGUAGGAGUAUUUUUCAGAAGACGUUUUUUUCAAAAUAAAUGUGAAGUGCAAAAGUUG